AUGGCGAACGCCCACCGGACCAACGUUCUGGUCACUUCGUGUUUGAAAACGCCGGUAGACCCGCACACCAAAGCGCCUUUAGCUUCAUACGAGAGGGAGCGAGUCCUGCCUUACUCGGCUACGGGUCACAUGGACAACCGGGACUACGAGAAGGAGCUGGAGUAUGAGGACUCGGGCUCUGAUUUCUGUGAUGAGGAUUGUCUGGGGAAAGGUGGUCCUCUCGCGAUAAACGACUGGAGAGCAGCAGGAGACCGCCUCGACCUGAGUGACAUCUUCUUCUCCAAUGAGGAGUACUAUAGCAAGCUGGAGGAGCUGAAGAAGGCCCACCUUCGCACCAUGGCCGAGCUGGAGAGCAUGUAUCGGCGAAAGCUGCAGCUCAAGUCCAUGGAGCCUUUAGACAUGAUAACGCUGGAGACAGGACACAGGCCACCAUGGUCAAACACCAGCCCAGCAGCUUCACGCCGUUUGAGGAAGUCCCACUCUGCUGUUGAACUCAGGAGGAGUUCAGGACGAUCGGACUCAUCAGAUGAGGAUGAAGCUGCCAGUAACGAUGUGGAGAAGGGCCUGCUCUUCUCUCCCAAAGAACACAUUAAGAACAUGUGGAGGGACUUCAAGCUGUCCCCUUCCAACCGUCACGUGUCGUCUUCCUCACUGCACAGCCUGCCAGGAGACCGGAAGAGAUCAGGAAAGGGAAAAAGCAGGAAGAGGCAGGUGCUUAAAGACGGGGAGCAGGAGAACUGGAAGCACAGAGUGACCAUCCCAAAACCUUUCCGGAUGACCCUGCGUGAGGCUGAGAGACGGAAGCGUGGCAUAAAGACGCGUUCAGAGAUCGAACUGGAGAACGCAGAGCUGCGGCGGCAGCUCGAAGAACUGACAGAGUGCCAGAGGAAGUUCCGUGCCAGCCCCGUACCUGCACAUGUCCACCUCCCACUUUAUGAAGAACUGCAGGAGCGGAAAGAGGAGCGGCGGCGAAACAUCCGAGAACGAGAGGAGCAGCAUCUUCAAACCAUCCAGAAACCUUUCAGCUUCCUGGAGAGGGAGCGAGUAAAGAAGGAGCAGAAGCAGCAGCGUCAACCACAACCAUCCGACCAGGAGAAAGUCAAGCCCUUCAAAGCCAAGCCUGUGCCUAAGUCAGUGUAUGCAGCAGCAUCAGGGGAGCUGAUGAAGGAGGAGCAGCUGUAUCGGUCUAUCAAGAUACAGAUGAGAGCCCAGGAGUUGCUCCAGAGUUCUUCAGUGCCUCCCAGCAUGCUUGCACGACGACUCGGCGAACGCAAAAAGACCAAAGAUGCCAGCAAUGCAGCUGGAGGGGAUAACGUCUUCACCCACAGGCCCCAGAUCAACAAAGAGGUUCCUGACUUCAACGCCAGUCACCGACGCUUCCAGAAACACCUGGAGAAACGAAAGGAGGUGAAGCCUACAACCACAUGCGAACCCUUCGAUCUGAGGACGUCGCAGAUCUCCUCGCACCGUGAACGCAUCCUGGCCGACAUCGAGAAGGAGCAGGGCAGCCCUCGGUUGCUGCGCUGGCCAUACAUCAGCUCCGGGCCGGCUCGGACGCCAAACUCCAGCCUCUGCUCGUCUCUCUCCGGCAGCCUGGAGCUCCUGCCUGCCAAAUUCACAGAUGCUACCAAAAAGCGCCACGAGGCUGUGAGAAAGGCGCUCGAGCAGAGGAAGAAGGCUGAGGAGGAGGAGGAGCGGUGGAGGGAGAAGCAGAAGCAGAGAGAGAAGAAGCUGCAGAGGGUGGUGCUGAAGCGUGCCCAGGCCAACGACCCCCACCUGGCGCUUUCACAGACCCACCAGACUAAACUCAAACAAUUCAGGAAACAAGACCUCCAGCGCCGGAAAGAAUACCAGCAGGAGAUUAAAGAGAUGGAGCAGAGAGUGAAGGGGAGGCCGCUGCUGUUGGAGCAGGUGGCACAGAGGAAUGCUAAACAGGCGGCCGAGAAGCGCUACACAGACGCUCUGCAUGGAAAUGAUCUGACUGAGGAGUUCAUCAGCUGCAAGGCAGUGAAAUCAGGAUCCGCACGCAGCGCCUCCCAGUCCAGCGACAGCAAACAGGGUGAACAAGAGGAGCUAGACAUGGGGUAUCAGCCUGUUCGCUACAGAAAGGUCUUCCUGGAUGACGAAGACGUGGAUGAUCCAGACGAGAGGGAACAUUGGAAAGAGGAUGAGGAGAUUGAGGAGGCUUCAUCAAACCUCUGCGAUGAUGAGGACCCCAGCAGUCGCCGCUCAGACGAGGAUGACCGUAGUGACGAUCACCACCACUCUGAUGAGAGUUACCACUACUCAGACGAUCAUGAGAAUUAUUCAGACGACAGCGAGCAUGAUGCUGACGCUAGACAGCUGGAGGCAGGAGAAUGAUGUCUGCAAACAUCCUGGUGUAAGUGGCCACGUUCAAAAACUCUGAAGGAGAAAACUGAGCAAAACUGGACACUUUAAGUGAGAAGGAACACUGAGGAUGAAGCUCCAUACUCCUGGAAUUUAACAUGUUAUAUUUUACUGUAAAUAUUGUGCACAUAAAUAUGACUUUGCAUCUGAAAUCCCUCCCUCGUUCAGUGAUACUUGAAAAGCACUUGUUAGUUUAGUCUUCAGUGACCAGG